AUGGCUGAGCUCGACCCCCAAUCAGGCCCGCAAGAGCCUGUGGACCCCGCGCUGGCGCAGGGCGCGCAGAUACCGCUUCAGUCCUUCGCCAUCCCAGACUUCCCGCCCGAGGCGCAAGUGCUGAAGGCGCUGACGCUGACGUCGGACAUCAAGAUCGACGAGUACCCCAAGGAGCUGGAGAAGUUCGCGCCCAUCCCGGCGCUGCCGCAAGGCAUCCAGAGCCUGACUCUCGAGCUCUUCUCGCUGGGCUUCCCGGCAGGCUUCCUGUCGGCACUGGCCGAUGCACUCCCGCACGUGCGCAGCUUCGAUGCAUAUAGCCAGUUGCUGUGCGGCAUCACGACGGCGGCGCAGGACGAUGCCGUCGCCUUCUUCGACAAGCUGCGCGAACUGCGCGCCAUCCAGCUGCUCGACGUCUUCGCGCGGCCGGGCUUCUUCCAGACCGUGGGCGAGAAGCUGACGGCACGGGACCCGGACCAGCGCCUCAUGUUCCUGCAAUUCAACUACACCUUCCGCCACGAGGAUGAAGAUUUCCUGCACCGCAUACCCGCAGAGGAGCUGCCAGCGUUCGUCAACCCCAGCCUCGUCAUGUGCAGCUUCAACGUCGCUGCGCCCGACAAUACCGACGACCCGGAGGACCCGACCAACGUGACCGAGGAGGGUGAUGUGCAGCAGAAGCCUGAAGGCGUCAUGGCUUUCCACAAGAGCCACGCGAAUCACCUCGUCUACGAACUGACGAAUGAAAAGACUGCCCCGACGGCGCUCCGUGCACUAAACACGACCCUAUACACCUUCACCGUCGACGAUCUAGAGACGGUGCUUCAGAAGCACACCGGCCUGCUGGUGCUCAGCGUGACGCUGGAGAUCGAGCCGACCGAAAUGUGCAAGAACCGCUUGAUGGAGGCGCUCAGACAUUGCCCCGAAAUCGAGCGCGUGGAGAUUGUGGGGAACCCGACGCUGGAAUUUUCCAUGGCCGUCAUGAAUCCUCGUCGUCAUGCUCUGAACCACACCUUCCCGUCGGCGGAUGACAUGCGCAAAUUGGAGGAGAGCUGCCCCAAGCUGACAAAUUUCUCGGCGACCAUCCUACGGACGACUUCGAGCGGUCAUGUGGAAUGGUCAAAGGAGGGCGGAUCGUGGCAGGGAGGCAUCACCGCGCCAGCAGUACCCGACGACGGGACAGGCGAUAUGCCACCGGCGUUGAUGGCGACUUUGCAGCAACAAGCCACAGUAUGA